AAAUUGCGUGAUUUGAAGGUACUUUUACGCCGGUAAACAACAUAAAAACAAUCUAGCGACCGGCUUCGGGUACUAACUGGGAGCUGUCAAUUCUCACUGUCUGCAAGGUUGUGCAACAACAUUUGAACAGCAACCAUUUGAAGCCGUUGGAUCGAAGAUAACGCGCGAGUGGAAGGCACCUUAUAACGCGGGCUCCUCCAUUUCACGCUGAUAGUUCGCCUCCUGCGACGACCGGUUUGUUGCUUCGCCCAAACCCCCGCCAGCAGCCCCAUCGUCGUCGCCGCCGCCGCCAUCGAAUCGCGCAGUGUGCGAUGAAUUCGCUCGUGCUGCCAUCGUGCGCCAUCAUUAGGUCCUGUGUCCCGAGCCGGUGCGGACGACGUUUUCAACCCCUGCUCGUCGGCGCGACUGCAAAGUUUCACACGUCAAAGAUGGUGCUCAUUAAGGAAGGCGACAAGGUGCCCUCGAUUGACCUGUUCGAGGAUUCGCCGGCCAACAAAAUAAACCUUGCGAAUCUCUGCGCCGGCAAGAAGGUGAUACUGUUUGCCGUGCCUGGUGCCUUCACGCCCGGCUGCUCCAAGACGCACCUGCCCGGGUACGUCGAGAAGGCAGGUGAACUGAAAUCGUCUGGUGUCGCCGAAGUUGUGUGCGUCUCGGUGAACGAUCCGUUCGUGAUGUCGGCCUGGGGCAAGGCCCACAACGCGGCCGGCAAGGUACGCAUGUUGGCCGAUCCGGCGGCUGUCUUUACGAAGGCACUCGAUCUCGGUACCGAACUGCCACCCCUCGGAGGUCUCCGUUCCAAGCGCUACUCGAUGGUGCUGGAGGACGGUGUGGUGAAGUCGUUGAACGUGGAACCGGACGGUACCGGCCUGUCCUGCUCGUUGGCCGACAAGAUUAAGCUGUAAACACACGCGUCUGACGCAAUUUGUGCACUUUCAAACGAUGGCAAUAACCGUUACACAUUACCAUUUGGUGAACCCUCUGGUUGCGUGUCCACCUUCACAGCCGACAAACCGACCAAUAGCAGCAGCACUGCAGCAACUGGAGGCUCCUCGGACCAUCACGCCGUUGUUCGUUCACAUGCUUUAGAAUAACAUUAAAUCACAAUACACAAAACUUUGCUAUCGAAAUUUUAAAACAUUUCUUACGAGGCACGGCCACGCACCAUGCGAUGCCGCCUGUUAGUUGUACCGUACUUUUGGCCUUUUUCGAUUCUUUGCCUCUAGUUGUUAAUAGUCCCGGACCGGACACCUCCAUUCUGUGCAAGUGUAGCAAGCAAGAGUAAGCGCAAAAUAUAUCAACCAUUUCCAAAAACUACCAC